AUGGCCAGCAUCGUCGCAGGGGGCCUCGAGCGGGCCCAGGAGGCCGUCAAGAGUGCCUCGAACAAGAACAAGAAGGCUGUCGACCUUGAGCGCGACACUGUCGAUGUCACCACCGAACAGCGCCAAACCACCGACCAUGGUGUGCCCAUCAGCAACACAGACAACUGGCUGAAGCCUGUCGAUGGCGACCACAUCGGUCCCUCCUUGCUGGAAGACCAGAUUGCCCGAGAGAAGAUCCACCGCUUCGACCAUGAGCGCAUUCCCGAACGAGUUGUCCACGCGCGUGGCACUGGUGCCUUCGGAAACUUCAAGCUGCUCGAGAGCUGCGAGGAUGUCUCCUACGCCAACAUCCUGAACGACACAUCCCGCAACACCCCGGUCUUCGUCCGGUUUUCCACCGUCCAGGGCAGCAAAGGCAGUGCUGACACCGUCCGUGAUGUCCGUGGAUUCGCGGUUAAGUUAUACACUGAUGAGGGCAACUGGGAUAUCGUCGGCAACAACAUUCCCGUGUUCUUCAUUCAGGAUUCCAUCAAGUUCCCUGAUAUUGUCCACGCCGUCAAGCCCGAACCUCACAACGAAGUGCCCCAGGCGCAAACAGCACACAACAACUUCUGGGACUUCUGCUACAUGCACCCCGAGGCCACGCACAUGUUCAUGUGGGCCAUGUCGGACCGCGCUAUCCCCCGCUCCUACCGCAUGAUGCAAGGCUUCGGUGUGAACACCUACUCCCUUAUCAACAAGGAGGGCAAGCGCCACUUCGUCAAGUUCAUCUGGACCCCGCACCUGGGCGUUCACUCCCUCGUCUGGGACGAGGCGCUCAAGCUGGCCGGUCAGGACCCUGACUUCCACCGCAAGGACUUGAUGGAAGCCAUCGACAACGGCGCCUACCCGAAGUGGGACCUGCAGAUCCAGACCAUCCCCGAGGAGAAGCAGGACGACUUCGAAUUCGACAUUCUCGACGCCACGAAGAUCUGGCCCGAGGACCUGGUCCCGCCCCGCACGAUCGGUGUGCUCGAGCUCAACCGCAACGUCGACGAGUUCUUCCCGCAAACCGAGCAGGUGGCCUUCUGCACCUCGCACAUUGUGCCCGGUAUCGACUUCUCGGACGACCCGCUCCUCCAGGGCCGCAACUUCUCCUACUUCGAUACGCAGAUCAGCCGCCUGGGCAUCAACUGGGAAGAGCUCCCGAUCAACCGGCCCGUGUGCCCGGUGCUCAACCACAACCGUGACGGUGCCAUGAGGCACCGCAUCACCAAGGGCACGGUCAACUACUGGCCCAACCGGUUCGAGGCAGGCAAGCCCGACGGCGCGGCGCCGCACCACGGGCAGGGCUUUGAGUCGUAUCCAGCCCCGACGACGGGCCGCAAGCGCCGCGGCUUGAGCCCCAAGUUCCGCGAGCACCACAACCAGGCGCAGCUCUUCUACAACUCGAUGUCCGAGCACGAGAAGCUGCACAUGAAGAAGGCGUUCAGCUUCGAGCUGGACCACUGCGACGACCCGGUGGUCUACAACCGGCUGGCCGGCACGCGGCUGGCGGAGAUCGACCUCAGCCUGGCGCAGCAGGUGGCCGAGCUGGUGGGCGCCCCGAUCCCGGAGAAGGCGCUACGCCCCAACCACGGCAAGCGCGCCAUCCGCCUCUCGCAGACGGAAUUCCCGCCUAAGACGCCGACCAUCGCCAGCCGACGCAUCGCCAUCAUCAUCGGCGAUGGCUACGACUCCGUGGCCUUCAAGGGUCUGCAGACGGCCAUCAAGGCGGCCAGCGCGCUGCCCUUUGUGAUCGGCACGAAGCGGUCACCGAUUUUCGCGGACGGUGAGUCCAAGGAGACCUCCAAGGGCGUGGUGGCGGACCACUUCUACGACGGCAUGCGCUCCACCAUGUUCGACGCCACCUUCAUCCCCGGCGGGCCGCACGUGCAGACCCUGCGCAAGAACGGCCAGAUCAAGUACUGGAUCGCCGAGUCCUUCGGCCACCUCAAGGCCCUGGCCGCCACUGGCGAGGCCGCCCAGCUGAUCAAGGAGGUCAUCGGCAGUGUGCUCGACGUCCAGAUCGCUACCGCCCAGAGCCCCGACCCCGUCGAGUGGUACGGUGUCGUCACCGCCGGCGCUCUUCAAAAGCCGGAAAGCAUCGGCGAGACCGUCAAGAUCCUCAAGGACGCGACGGACUUCGUCGGCAAGUUCUUCUACCAGGUCUCACAGCACCGGAACUACCAGCGCGAACUGGAUGGGCUGGCUUCCACCGUUGCUUUUUAG